CAGACAGAAAAACAUAAUAUAAUAAUAGUCCUGGGGUAAUUUACCGGGAGAAAAAGUUACAAGGGAAGGCUUUUUCUACUAGCACUAACCUUUCUGUUUGUUUCUUCCCUACUUUCGCUCUUUCAUGGAGUCCCAGCUUAAGUUUCUUCUCGGCCGUCCACUGCCAGAUCUCCAGUAAUGGCUCAUUUUUCAGCAUUUCAUUUUCUAUGGGUUCUGUCUGAUAGAUUUUCUGGUGCAGGGAAGCUGGUGAACUGAAUUUUGAGCUGGUUUCUGUGAGGUUGCAAAUUUGAAGGUUUUGAAACAAUCUGAGGGAAAGUUCUGAAAUCAUAGAGUGGAAGGAAAGGGGAAAGGAACAGAUUUUACCUGUUUCAAUAUCUGUGAAAUGGAUUCCGGGAUUGGAAGUUCGAUUCCGGAACUGAAAGAUUUCCAGAUAGGCAGUUGGGUUCCAGCAACCCCAGCAAAGCCUGGCUUACUGACAUUGGAGCCGAUCUGCAAAACAGUGCAGGAAAAUCAGCAGAUUACAGCAAAUUGGUCAGACUUGCAAACAAUUCCACAAGAUUUUUGCUUAGGCCAAAUUAACCAAUUAGAACCAGGAGGGUUCUUGCAGGGAAAUGAUGCUCUUACCAGGGAUGAUAGGUGUGAUUUGACAAAUUUAGUGACUGAUGGGGGAGUUAACAGCUGGGAGGCAGCAGUAGCGUCGAAAUCCAGUAUGCAAGAGGGAGCUCUGAACUUGGAGAACUUCUCUAUUGAUCAUGCAGACAACUGGAACAAUGUGUCAUUUGGGAACCUCUUGGCACUGGCGCAUGCUGCAGGAACCACGGCGCCAGUUGAAAAUGCCCCUGCACAUACAGCAUUUGAUCCCCUCUUCAGUUCACAGAAUGCAGAUGGAAGUUCUGUUAGCUCCAGAAUCUCUUUCAAUCUGAAUUCUCCACCUGGGAGAGAUGCAGCCUCAAGCAGCAACUCAUUCCAGUUUGCACCCAUCACCCCGGUUCAGAACAAGGGAAGACAGAGCAUGCUAAAUUUAAAUCUAGACAUUAAUGAGAUACCGAUACUAAAAGAUGUACAGGAAAAUGUUGAAGAAAGUGACCUCCAAGGAAACAAAGAGCAGUCAGUGCUGGUGAGAGAACUAUCAGAAAUGAUGGAGAACCACAAGCCUGACAAAACAGGCGAACUAGUUGCUGAAGCAAAUAAUGCUGAAGCAAAUAAGACACCGCAACAGAAACCAAGAAGAAAAAAACACAGGCCAAAGGUGGUUGUUGAAGGCAAAGCUAAAAGGGCAAAUAAACCAAGAGCCCCAAACACUCCAGGCACAGAGGAGAUUAAGGCAGAAAAGAGGAAGUAUACCCCAAGAAAAGGAGUAGACAAGCCUGCAGCCACUCCUUUGGAUGAGGAUUCACACAUAAUAAAUCCUGAGAUAAUGUCUCCUGGUUCCAGUAAGACCCCAAAAGUUGACAGAAAGCAUCCUAAAAGAAACCGAGGUGCAGCCACUCCCACAGAUGAGGAUUCAAAUGUAACAAAUCCUGAGACAACACCUCCUGGUUCCAAAGAAACCCCAAAAGUGAAGAGAAUGUAUCCUCAAAGGAACCAAGUUCAAAAGCCCACAAAAGAUCCCAUUGAAGAAGGAAGCAGUGAAACUAUUCAACCAGAAACAGCUUCUCGCCCCAGAAGAUCCUCCAGGAGAUUUUUAAAUUUUGACUUUGUGGAUCUUGAAGAAUAUGAGAAUUUCAUUGAGCCAUCUUCAAACUUUGAUAACUCGCAUGUGAAGAAUAUGUGUGAACAGGUUAAAUCAAUGCCGGCAGUGCGACUUGAACAAGAUGAAAAAUCAGAUGCAGAACUCACUGAAGUGAACAUUAGUUAUGACCUCAUAAAUCAUGAGAUAGGAAAGUCCAUUUCACAGCCAGGAACACAAAUUCCUGAUCCUUCAAAUCCCAGCAAGAUUGAUUUGAGAUGUGACAAGUUGAUGGAUGGAAAUCAAACUAAAUGCACAAAAGGGAAGUGUAAAAUCAUUUUUUCAGAUGCAACACAUGACAAAGAGGACUAUCUUCCAGAAAUGACUGCACCACAAUGUGCAUCAAGCAGCCAAAAUAGCUCCAACUGUAGCAGCAAUGUGUGCUUGACUGAGGAAGCCCAAUUAAGAGGUUCCAAAAGACAGCAUUCAUGCUUGGCCGAAGCAGAACUCUACAAAACAAGUAUUGCUGGAAUUCAUUAUAACUCUUUGCAGGCAUAUGAAGCAAUUCUUUCAGACUUUGACAGAUCCAUUGGGAUGCCUUUUCCUACAAUUUAUAAGAAAAAGAGGACUGAGAAGGGGCAAAUUCCUGCAACAUCUUGUAGUAAAAACCUCAACACUGAAACUCACAAUGUGAAUGCUACCAGUCAAUUUGAAGUUCAUGGUGUCCAAACAAAUCCAGCACUUCAGUCUCCCAAGUAUCUUCAACCAUUGAACACUGAUGUGUUGAAAAGGAAGAGAUCAAAGGGUCUCACUCGAGUCCGUGACUUAGCAUCCCUGCAUGAGAUUUGCAAACAGUUCCCAACUUAUUCAUCCAGAAAAGCAGCAGCAAAACAACACACAGGGCAUCUCAAUACAUGCAUGGAAGCUCUUGUUGCUGGCACUCGCCCAACAAUGAAAACGAAAAAACGUUCAAAAAGAAACAGUCUGAAUGGUACAGUGGCUCCCAAUACACAUGCUCAACACCAAUACACUAGAACACCAAUUGGUUCUCUGCCAGCUUUAAUGUGGAGGGGCUCUUCUCCAAUUGACGAAAUUGUGGAGCGGUUCACCUAUCUUAAUAUAAAUGCUGAUAAUCAAGGUCAGUACACACUCAGUACCAGAAAUGUGAAGUUCCAAAGGGAAACUGCCCUUGUUCUUUAUCAAAGAGAUGGAACUAUUGCCCCUUUUACUGGGGUAAAAAAAAGGAAACCACGGCCAAAAGUCGAUCUUGAUGAUGAGACAACUAGAGUAUGGAAACUCUUGCUACAAGAUAUAAACAGUCAAGGCAUAGAUGGAACAGAUGAGGAGAAGACAAAAUGGUGGGAAGAAGAGCGGAAAGUGUUCCGCGGAAGAGCAGAUUCGUUUAUUGCCCGCAUGCGUCUUGUCCAAGGUGACAGGCGCUUCUCUCCAUGGAAGGGAUCUGUUGUAGAUUCUGUAGUUGGAGUUUUUCUAACUCAAAAUGUGUCAGAUCACCUCUCCAGUUCUGCUUUCAUGUCAAUGGCUGCACGAUUUCCACUCAAAUCAAAGAUUAGCGAACAAUUACAUGAAGAGAGAACAAAUAUAACUAUUGAAGAACCAGAAGUUUGCAUAAUGGAUCCUGAUGACACAAUUGCAUGGCAUGAAAACUCUUUGAAUCAACCAACUCCUGGUCAAGACUCCAUGGCUUUCAGGGAGAUGGGUUGCAAAGAUGAAGUUGUCAAUAGUGAGUUGACUGAAGGCACCUCCAAUUGCAUUAAGUCCACCGAAAAUUUUAAAACCAAAGAUGUCGAUUCUUCUGAAAAGGAUCCAGAAGAUGUGCAUUAUGGAUUAACAUUAGAUAGGCCAGCAAAAUGGAUCAACGAGGAAGAGGCAAGUUUCCACAGCGGCCAAACAGAAGCAGAUAAUGUGCUGUCCUCUCAGAAUUCUGGAGUUUCUUCACAAAAUUCUGUGAACUCUUCACAUACUCAAACUGUUGAUAUUACUGAAUCCACCAGUCUUUGCAGCACUUCUUUCAUUCAACUAUUACAGAUGGCAGGAACCUCCAUGCUACAUGGAGUUUACAAUCAGGAAAACAACUCAGCUAAUAUGGACAUGCCAAACCAACAGAGGGAUUGUUCUGCGGAAUUCCAAAAGAACAAGGAAGAUGACAAACUUCCUGUUAGCAUUGGAGAACAUUAUGCCCUCGAACAAAGUGAAUCAUCAACAGAAUCACCAAACCAAGCAACUAAUCAAAAGAUCAUAGCUGGUGAAAAUCCAAUGGUCAAUUCUGAUUCACAGAUUCAUACUGAAGAAAGCAACUGCAAUUUGCUGCUAGAUCAAGAAUGCCCAACUUCAUUGGAUAUUCAGGAUAUCACAGGGAGAGCCAGUACUGUUGUUGAUUCACUGUCAAAUUCAGAUGGUCAGAAUAAACAUCUUGAUACGGUUGAUAAAAGAAGCAGCAAUCCCUCUAAAGAAAAAGGGGGGAGAUCUGGGACAGAGAAACAGAAUGCAGUGAAUUGGGACCAUUUAAGACAGCAGGCCUUGGCCAGCGGUAAGAAAAGAGAAAGAACAAUGAACACAAUGGAUUCAUUGGACUGGGAAGCAGUAAGAUGUGCAGAUGUCAAUGAGAUUGCUGAAACCAUCAAAGAGAGGGGAAUGAACAACAUGCUAGCAGAGAGGAUAAAGGAUUUCCUAAAUCGGCUUCUCAAAGAACACGGUAGCACUGAUUUAGAAUGGCUAAGAGAUGUUCCACCAGACAAAGCAAAAGAGUAUCUAUUGAGCUUCAGGGGGUUGGGUCUGAAGAGUGUAGAGUGUGUCCGGCUUUUGACACUCCACCAUCUGGCUUUCCCAGUUGACACAAAUGUUGGACGAAUAGCUGUAAGGCUUGGGUGGGUGCCCCUGCAGCCAUUACCUGAGUCACUACAACUGCACCUUCUAGAGCUGUAUCCAGUUCUGGAAUCCAUCCAAAAGUAUCUUUGGCCACGACUCUGCAAGCUUGAUCAAGGAACACUAUAUGAGCUGCAUUACCAUAUGAUAACAUUUGGAAAGGUGUUUUGUACAAAGAGCAAACCAAAUUGCAAUGCAUGUCCAAUGAGAGCAGAAUGCAGACAUUUUGCAAGUGCUUUUGCAAGUGCAAGGCUUGCACUUCCUGCACCGGAGGACAAAAGCAUUGUGCCUGCAUUUGAAAACAAACCAGCUGAACAAAACACAGUAGACACUAUCAAUCCACUGCAGCUACUCUUACCUCAAAGCAAUGAACAAUCAGUAGCACAGUAUGGUGUAAACAACUCUCAACCCAUCAUUGAAGAGCCAGCAACACCAGAGCCUAUUAUUGAAGUGCCUUCCACACCCGUGCCAGAUCAAAUACCAUCAGAAGCUGACAUUGAGGAUGCCUACAGUGAAGAUCCUAAUGAAAUUCCUACAAUUAAUCUCAAUCUGAUUCAGUUGGCUCAAAAUGUAAAGAUGUUUGUGAAAAACAAUAUGGAGCUUAAUCAGGUUGAAAUGUCAAAGGCAUUGGUAGCAUUAACUCCCGAAGCUGCUUCCAUUCCCAUGCCUAAACUCAAAAAUAUUAGCCGGCUCAGAACUGAGCAUAAUGUCUAUGAGCUUCCAGAUAAUCAUCCUCUUCUAGAAGGGUUGGAGAAAAGAGAUCCAGAUGAUCCAUGCUCUUACCUUCUGGCCAUAUGGACACCUGGUGAAACUGCAAACUCUGUUCAGCCUCCAGAAAUGAGAUGUGAUUCCCAAGAAUCUGGCAAACUAUGUCAGGAGGAAACAUGUUUUGCAUGCAAUAGCAUACGAGAAGCACAGUCCCAAACUGUUCGAGGGACACUUCUGAUACCCUGUCGAACAGCAAUGAGAGGAAGCUUUCCCUUAAAUGGCACAUACUUUCAGGUCAAUGAGGUCUUUGCCGAUCAUGAAUCCAGCCUAAACCCAAUUGAUGUUCCAAGGGAUUGGUUGUGGGAUUUGCACCGAAAAACUGUUUUCUUUGGAACCUCAAUACCAACAAUAUUCAAAGGCCUAUCAACAGAAGAUAUCCAACACUGCUUCUGGAGAGGUAUGUAAAUGACAAUCACACGUUUCUAGUAGUCUAAAUGAUAUCAUUUACAUCCCAUACAUUUAAACAAGUAGAACUACAGGACAUAUAUUUAGUGAGCGCUCUCCAGAUGUAACCAUGAAAACAAGUCAAAAGACAAUUUCAGCCAUAAACUAGUCUUUCUCACACUAAUCUCCUUGCAAAAGGAGAGCAUAUAUAAAGAAGAGUGAAAUUCAAUAGAUGGGCAAUGAGUUCACAUCCAUUCAUCUUCCAUGUGUUUAUGUGUUUAUUACUUGCAAUUAGAAAUGAAAGCAUUACAUUCUCAGACCUAUUUUAAUCAUCAAACAUAGCAUCAAUUAGCCAAUUUAUUAAACACCCUAGUAGUAUUAAGAAUCUGAAAAUAUAGGAAACAGAGUAGACUGUAGAGUAACAUAGCACUAUUGUUCCUUAUUCCUAUUUUGCCUGCUAUCUUCUUGUGUUCUUUACUUUGUAUAUUUCUUUUAUUCAAAAUCUCAUGAUCUUGUAUAUAUUUCUAGUCAUUAAAUAGUGCACAAAGACUGCUCCAGCAUAGAACCAAAUAAUCAAGACCCCUCUCCAUGUUUUCUUGUAUGACAUAGGCCAUGACAUCUGAAAA